AUGAAGUUCACUCUCGCCCUCGUUGCCGCCGGCCUUGUCGUCGCCCAGGACUUCUCUGGCCAGCCCUCCUGCGCCAUUCCCUGCCUUACCGAUGCCAUCCCCAAGGUCGGCUGCGCCCUGACCGACACCGCCUGCCAGUGCACCAAGGAGAAGCAGGAGGCCCUCGUUCCCGUCGCCGCCUCCUGCCUGCUCGCCGCCUGCAACUCGGCCGACCUCGGCAAGGCCCAGUCCGCUGCCGCCGCUGCUUGCGCCGCCUACGCUGCCACCGCCGGCUCUGCCCAGCCCAGCGCUACUUCCGCCGCGGCUUCCGCUUCCGCUGCUGCCUCCUCGGCCGCCGCCUCUGUCUCUGCCUCCGUCUCCGGUGCCGUCUCCUCUGCUCUCGCUUCCGUCAGCGCCAGCGCGAGCGCUGCUCUGUCUUCCGCCUCUGCUUCCGCCUCUGCCAUCGUCACCUCUGCCCGUAACGCCACUGCCUCCGUUAGCAGCGCCACCCUCUCUGGUUCCCGCACCGCCUCUACUGCCGUCACUGGCACUGGCACCGGUGCCAGCGCCACUGCUUCUUCCACCGGCAACGCCGCUCCCCAGGGUGGUGUCGCCGUUGGCGGCCUUGCCCUUGCUGCCAUUGCUGGCAUCGUUGCUGCUCUGUAA